AUGAAACAAGAAACAAUAGUGUUGUAUCCAGUACUGGGAAGAGGCCACAUUGUUUCCAUGGUUGAACUUGCCAUGAUGCUUCUCCAAAGUACACACAAUUACUCCAUCAUCAUCCUCCUCACCAAUGGUUUCCUUGACCACCACACCAUCAAUGCUUACAUCCACCGCAUCUCCUCCUCUCAUCCUUCCAUCUCCUUCCUCCGCCUCCCCCACACCCCACUUCCCACCUUCGCCACCACCGUCAGCUUCACCGCCAAAGUCACCAACUUCAUGAAAAGCAACACCCACAAUGUAGCCACCACCCUCUCCCAAAUAUCCAAAGCCACCACCGUAAAAGCCCUUAUAAUCGACUUCUUUUGCUCUUCCGCAAUGGAACCAGCUUCUUCAAUGGGAAUCCCAGUCUACUACUUCUUCACUUCCGGCGCCGCGGUUCUCGCGCUCUUCUCGUACUUUCCGAAACUCCACCAAGAGAGGAGCGUGUCGUUUAAGGAUAUGGUCGGGGUGGAGCUAAGCGUGCCGGGAAACGCGUCCUUGAAGGCGGUGAAGUUGCCGGAACCCAUGUUGGAGAGAGACGACCCUGCGUACUGGGACGUGCUCGACUUCUGUACGCGCCUUGCGAAGGCGCGUGGGAUACUGGUGAACUCGUUUUCAGAGCUUGAGCCGGCGGCGGUUCAGGCCGUCGCACACGGCGCGUGCUUUCCGAACGUGAAACUUGCACCUAGUGUUUAUUGUAUCGGUCCACUCAUUGCGGAACCUCAAGAAUCAGGUACAUAUGAUAAACUUUCUUGUGUUUUUUAUUAUUGA